AUGCGUCAAGUGUUCCGCGCUCUAGCGCUCGAUGGAGCUCGGCGAGUGCGCUGCGCAGCCAUGAGCGGCGGCGGCAACGGCAGCAGCGACGGAGGCGGCGGAGGCGGCGGAGGCGGCGCGGUGAGUGGCGAGGCUCGACGCGGCGUGUGCAACGUGGGGUUCGCCGUGGAGGAGCUGCACGCGAUGAGCUCCAACGACCUCAUGGCGCUCGUGCAGUAUGCGCUGCGAGAUGCGCCACGUUGGACGGAUAGCUUGCCACGUCAGACAGAUAGCUUGCCACGUCAGCACAAACCGCCGGUGGACUUGCCGCCCAUUCGCUUGUGGGACAAGCGCAGCGGCGUGAGCACUCAAGUGGAUCUGCCUCUCCUCGCAGCAUCACUGCCUCUCCACCUCCUCUCCUGCGCUGCCCUCGCCCUGCAACACGCCCGCUCGCCCGAUCCUCCUCCCCCCAACGCCCCCGCACACACUCCCCCGUCUCCUCGUCCCUCCGCCAGCCCUCCCUGCCACUCUCACGGCGACCUCCCUCGGGCGAAGCGGGCGCGGCUGGAGGGGGCGGAAGGGGGGCGUGGAGAGGUGGUGGCCCAGGGAGGGGAGGCAGGCGGGAUGGGGGGAGGCGGGAUUGGGGGAGGAGGGAUGGGGGGAAGGGGGAUGGGGAGUGCAGAAGUGGGUGAAGGGAAGACAGAAGGGCGUGUGAUGGGAGGGACGAGAAUCAGAGGGAGGGGAGAGGCAAUGGUGGAGGCAGACAGUAAGCAGGAGGAGCCGUGCAGUCGGACAGAGGGUGGGGAGCGUGCAUGGAGGCAGGCACAGGGCGAGGGGUGUGCUGUGGGUGAAGGGAAGGCAGCAGGUCAUGUGAUGGGAGGGGCGGGAGAAGCGACAUUGGAGGCGGAGAGAAAGCAGGGGCGAGCAGGCGAGGGUGAGAGAGAGGGGAAGGAGGAGCCGUGCAGUCGGACAGAGGGUGGGGAGGAGUGCGAGCAGAGGCAGCCCAAGCAAGCGAGUGAUGUAUCUACUGCUGGUCGUGGUGGUGUUGGUGGUGGUGGUGCCAGAGAUGUAACAGCAGUUGCACCUGCUUCUGCUGCAGCUCUUAGAGAUGUAACCGUACUUUCUUCUCCUCCACUUAGAGGUGUACAUGUUGCGGCUUGUAUGUCUGGGGAGAGAGACUUUUCUGCAAUCACGGGUGCUGAAGAUAUUGCAGUGCCUGCUGCUGUUACCCAUGAUGUGACAGGAGAUGAUGCUGCCAACGAUGAAAUGGGAGGUGGUGCUGCCAAAGAUGAAACGGGAGGUGGUGCUGCCAAAGAUGAAACGGGAUGUGGUGCUGCCGAAGUUGAAACAGGAGGUGGUGCUGCCAAAGAUGAAAUGGGAGGUGGUGCUUCCGAAGAUGAAACGGGAGGUGGUGGUGCAGCUGUGAAAGAUACGCAGUCAUCCGCACCCCAACCAACCGCACCCCACAUCAAGUCACCCACCAAUGGCUCCUUCCAGCCUCCUGUGUGUGGCAGCGCCCCCCUGGCAGUGACCAUCCGGCACGGGACGCGGGUGGCUAGAGUGGCGUGGUGGGGGCAGCAGCAGGGCGGGCACACGCUUGUGGUAGGCACUGGUGGUGGGGAGGUGUUUCAAGGGGACGCAGGAGGGAGUGGUGGCGACGGUAGUGGAGAGAAGGGGAGAAAGGUUGGGGGUGGCGUGGGGAGUGUUGAGGGUGAGGAAGGUGGGAAAGGGGAGGGGGGAGGAGGUGAUGAAGGGGGUGAGAGGGAGGAUGUGAGAUCUGGUGUGCAGUGCGGGAGUGGAGAGGGGAGGGGAGGCGAGGAGGGGGGUGAUCGGGAGGGAGGGGCGAGGGGGAGGAUGGAAGGGAAGGUGGAUGCAGGCAGAGAGAGGCAGAAACAGGAGAGUGCGGAGGUGGAGGGGAGGGCUGUUGACGGGGUGAGUGGUGUGAGUGUGAAGGACGGUGUUUUCACCAUCAGCAGUAGCAGCACAGCUACAGUGGGGUGGCUUUUGAGACAAGUGGAGCACGAUGGGGGAGGGAAUAGAGCGGAGCGGGUUGAAGGCGGGGAGGAGGAGGGAGAGAGGAGAGGCGAGAAGAGAAGGUGUGGAGUGGAGCCGGGGGAGGGAGGGGAGCAGAAGAACAGGAAGACGAGGAGAGUAGAGGGCCAGGGGAACAGGCUGGAAGACGGGAGGGAGAAGGGAGAUGGGAUGGCUGCAAGGGAGCGGUGUGGGAUGGCUUUUGAGGUGGGGCUGGGAGGCGAGAGAGGAGGGGAGGUGUGGCUGACGCACGUGGCCAAGGGGGUGCGCCUGCUGCACUCGCUGUGCGACCUCGCUAACCACAUGCCCCGCCUGCACCAUGUGCUCUUGGUGAGCUCGAGUGUGCGGCGGCACAUGCUGGACCUGGUCGUGCUGCUUACAGUCGCCCUCGCUGCGCCACACCAGGCCGCUGGUUUCUCCCUCUCGUCGCUUCCGCUUCAACUCCCCUGCCAGCUCCCCAAGCGCUUGCUCCGUCACACGACGCUCCCUUUCCGCUCUUCCUAUGCUGCCUGCCAACCACCCGAUAAUCCAUGUGCUUGCAAAGGAACCUCCCCUCCCCUCUCUCAUGAUAGUCUGAACUGUUCUGUUAUGCAAUCUACAACUCGUCAUGCCACGCUCUCUCAUGCCGCACUCUUUCGUGUCGCUCUGUCUUCCCCCUCCUGUCCCCCGUGGCAGCAACUGGAUGUGGGGGGCAGGGGGGGAGGAAUGAAGUGUGGCGAUGGCAGUGGUGGUGGCAGCAAUGGUGGUGGUGGCAGGAACGACCAAGGUGGUGCAGGGAGUGGCAGCAGCAGAGACGGUGAGGGGCAUGGGAUGGAUGAUGGUGGAAGGGUGGAAGCAGCAGCAGUAGGAGUAGGAGGCAUGGGAGUAAGGGGGUGCGAGCAGGCACAGGUGGCAGGCUGUGGUGGUGCUGCCACAAGUGCUGGUGAUGCUGGUGGUGCUGGUGGUGCUGGUGGUGCUGGUGGUGCUGGUGGCGGUGCUGGUGGCGGUGCUGGUGGUGCUAAUACCCACAGGGCUGCUCCUGACGGUAGUGGAGGGCAGGGGGGUGAUGGGUCAGCUGCUGCUGCAAGGGAAGGCGAAGCAGGCACAGGCAACAAGUGUGGGGAGGGCACUGGGGGGGAUGCACAGAAUAGCAUGGGGGUUGUGGCUGGCAGUAGUGACAUGCAGGAGGCAAGAGGUGUGGAUGCAGUGACGAGUGCAGGUGGUAAAGCAAGGGCAGGUGAGGCAGCGAGGGCAGAUGGUGAGGCAGCGAGGGCAGAUGGUGAGGCAGCGAGGGCAGAUGGUGAGGCAGCGAGGGCAGAUGGUGCGGCAGGCAAGGGUGAUGAGGCAUGCACAAUGGGAGGAGAGGCAGGAGGGGAGAACGUUGGAAGUAGGGAGGCAGCAUCGGGAGAUGCAGCACUUAAAAAUGCGGCAGUGGGGGAGGCGGCAGUGGGGGAGGCGGCAGUGGGGGAGGCGGCAGUGGGGGGAGCAGCACUGUAUGCGGGAACGGUGGCAUCGUGCCUGUACCUGCUGCCCGCCUUCGUCACCCCUGACUGGAUCGACACUUGCUCCGUGCUCGCCCUGCACCCCCUGGUGCGCUGCUCGCCCUGCACUCCCUCUGCUCCCAUGCUCCCCUCGUCCCCAUGCUCCCCUCAUCCCCAUGCUCCCCUCGUCCCCAUGCUCCCCUCCUCCCCAUGCUCCCCUCGUCCCCGUGCUCCCUCUGCUCCUAUGACCUCUUUCACACCCUACGCCCCAUUCGUGGCGGCCUUCCUGCCGGCGGCCUUCUCAGCCGUCACCACCGCCUUCCUCCUGCUGCACUCCCUGCUGUCGCCAUCCCUUUCCGCCUUCACACAUGCAGGCAGGAGGGUGGCUGGAGGGAGGGAUGUGGGGAGGAAUGUGGAGAGUAAUGGGAGGAGGGUUGGGGGGAGGAAUGGGGGGAGAAAUGGGGGGAGGGAUGGGGGGAGGGAUGGGAAGAGGGAUGGGGGGAGGGAUGCGGGCGGGGAUGAAGGGAGGGCAUGGCAAGAGGGCGGUGUGGACUGGGGCUCGGUGCAGGGGGUGGUGCGGCAGUGCGAGGUGGCUCUGCAGGUGCUGCACGUGCUGUGUCGCACCGAUGGGCUGGGCGCCCUGCUGCUGCACCACCAGGACCUCAUCCAGGGCGGGGCUUUCCUUCGCCUGCUCCUCGCUGUCCUCCGCUUGCCCCUCCCCGCCCUCCUCCCUCUGCCUCUCCCCCCUCUCCCCUGCCCGCCUUCCAACCCCACUCAUUCCUCCAUCUCGUCUCCCCUUCCCUCCGCCUCCCCCUCCGAUGGCCCGUCACUCCAAGCCGUGCCGCCAGAGGCCCUGGUGGCGGCUAUUUCUCGCUGCAAGAGCCGAGCCAUUCAGAUGUUCCUUACAGUCAGUGAGGCGGACGGCUCCACCUUUCUUGAUGACGUGGCAGCCAAUCCAGCCUCGUUACAGCUGGCGCACUGUGUAACAAAAGAGAUCCUCUCUCUCCUGCACGCCACGGCCAUCGCCAACGUUGACCUCACAGCCCGCCUCCUCUCCCACCACACGCCCUCCUCCUCUUCCACCUCCUUUCCCCCACCACACGCGCCUCUCCCCUGUGGUCGGCUGAGUGUCAACGUGCUGCGGGCGGCAGAGGUGCUUUCAGACGACUCCAGCUUCCGCCCCUUUUUCAUGCUGCAUGCCGCGCCUCUUCUCGUGCAUCUGCUCGCCCUCCCGUCGCCUGCCUUUGCCUCACGCUGGCUAUACGGGCCACUCACGCGGGCAAUUGUGGCCCGAGAGGCCGACGCCUUCGUCCUCUUCCGCCCCUUCCCUUCUCUCGGCCUCGCCCUCCAUCUCACCCACUCACGCUCACACUCCCUCAACCGCUGCUCCUCACCCUUGCACCGCACCUGUGCUGUCGCUCCUGCUGUGCCCGGCCAUGGGGAGGAGAAAAGGAAGGGGGGUGAAGGGGUGGGGAGUGGCAAAUGUGGGUUGAGCGGUGUGGAGGAUUCGACAGAGACACUUUCUUCUGGCCCGUUCUCGUAUUCUGAGGGAGGGCUUGUGGCUGUAACGAGGGCUGCCUAUAAGGAGGCAGCUGGGUCAAAAAGCCGCAGUGGCAGCCGGGGCAGUAGAGAAAGGGGGGUUGGUCCAGGAGAUGGCAGAAGUGUUGGGAAGCUUCGAGGAAACUUUCAGUUUUGCCGAGUUGAUGAACAGAUGGUGGGAAGGAAGAGAAAUGAGGAGAGCGAGAACGAGAGUGAGAAAAGGAAGCGAGGGAGUGAUGAAGGCAAGGAAGAGAGUGACUGGGCGGAGGGGGUGAUAUGGUUGGAGGGAGGGGAGGGUGGGGUAGCAGCAGAGGCAGACGGGGCGAGUGGGUGGGCGUCGAAUGGGGGAGCAGCGAAGGCGCAGGGAGGAGGGAGGAGUGGGAUGGGAAGGGGAGGGGGGGAAGAGGGUGGAGGUACGGGUAGAGAUGCCGGGGGCGAGGGCGUGGUGGGGAGUGGGUGGCAGAGUGUGGUGCUGCUGGUGAAGCUGUUCGCCAAUCUGCACUGCUUCGACCCCAACCUCUGCCCUGGCGAGCAGCGCCACCAGUUCCUCAACCUUGUUGUCUCUGCCAUCCGCCACCAGGGACCCUUCCCGCCCGCACCUGGGGAGGGUGCAGCUGGGGAGGGCGCAGCUGGGGAGGGCGCAGCUGGGGAGGGUGCACCGCAUGGGGGCGGCAGCGACAAGGUGGCAGAAAGGGAGGGGCAGAGGGAGCGAGCAGAGGCAGAGGCGGCAGUGGGCAUGUGUGAGAACUUGUGUGAGUCACGGCAUGGCAUGGCAUGGCGCUGUUGUCAGUUCGCCAGUGCCCUGCACGCUGCCAUCUGCCCCCACCCCUCGCCUCAUCAGCACGAGAAUGCGGGAGUGAAAGCGGUGGGGGAGCGGCACGGGGCUUGGCUGGCUGCUUUACAGGGGAGGUGGGACAGGCAGGAGCGGUGGCAGCGACUGCAGCCGGCACACGAGGAGGAGGAUGGCGGGGACGGGGGUGUGGAAGAGGCAUAA